AUGGAUAGUAGACGCCCCGCGAUCGUUAGUUCCGCGCAUUUCCUCCGCCGAUCGCCUUGCGCCAUUGCGCGGAGUUUCCGCGCUCUUGCGCUACUCGCGCUGCUCGUCGCCGCCGCCUGCCCCCGCCCGGCAUCUGCUGGCCCCACGCAGAGUGAAAACCGCACCCUCUCGUUGCGCGGCCGGCGGGUACUGCUGCGACAGAUAGCGCAAUCGCAGGCUCAACAGGUGCACGUGUCACUGGCGGGGGUCGGGCGAGUGCUGGUGUGGUGGGUAACGAGUGGCAACACGCCGGCCAGUGUGGAGUAUGGGGAGAGCCGCGGCAAGUACACCAAAACGGCUUCCGGGAGUGUGUCUCGUUAUUCGCUCAACGGAUACACGUCGGGGUACAUCCACAAGGUGCUGCUGGGGCGGCCCAUGAAGGACGGCGUCUUAAAGCCCGGCACCACCUACUACUACCGCAUGGGAGGCGCGGGCCCCACGAGGGCCUUCAAGACGCCACCGCCAUCGUCCCAUCCCAUCAGCGUGGCGCUCGUGGCCGACAUGGACUCAACGCCAGCAGCAGCCGCCACCAUAUCGCGCCUCUCCCGCACGCCGCACGCCCUCGUGGUCUUCCCAGGGGACCUCGCCUACGCCAACGGCUACCAACCAGAAUGGGACACGUGGCAGUCCCUCAUCCAGCCGGCGGCGUCCCUCCGACCCUGGAUGACAGGCGCGGGGAACCACGAGGACGAGGCAGAUGAAGGCGCGCCGAGCUCGAACCCCUUCAAGGCGUACAACGCGCGCUGGCCCAUGCCUGCUGCUGCCAGCGGGUCGUCUUCGAACCUCUUCUACUCGUUUGACAGCGGCAGCAUUCACUGGGUGGUGCUCUCCUGCUACUCGGACUAUUCCCAGGGAUCAGCGCAGUACAACUGGCUGCAGAAUGUUGGUGUGGUGUACAUGUGCCUGCUGCUGCCAGUGGGUCACCGUCGAACCUCUUCUACUCGUUUGACAGUGGCAGAUUACACUGGAUCGCGCUGUCCUGCGACUCCGACUACACCCAGCGAGGCCAUGCGCCUGGCGCUGGAGCAGACGCCGUAUUACGCCAGGGCUGGAGAUUGUGCUGUGCAUUGCUCCUCUUUUUUAAUUGCUCCCGCCCCCCCUUCUUCCCAACCCCCAUCCCCCCCUCCUCCUCCCCUAUGCUUUGCUUUCCCCCCGGGCCCCCCCUCACAUCUACAGGCGGAUCUAGCCAAGGUGGACCGCAAGGUGACGCCGUGGCUGAUGGCAGCGUUCCACGAGCCGUGGUAUCACAGCAACAAGGACCACCAGCUCAGCGCUCCCCUUCCCUCAACCCCCCCUUUCAACCUACAGGCGGAUCUAGCCAAGGUGGAUCGCAAGGCGGAUCUAGCCAAGGUGGAUCGCAAGGUAACGCCGUGGUUGAUAGCGGCGUUUCACGAGCCGUGGUAUCACAGCAACAAGGACCACCAGAAGAGUGGCGAGGACAUGCGCCUGGCGCUUGAGAAGCUGCUGUACGACGGGCACACGGACGUGGUGGUGUGCGGCCAUGUGCACGCCUAUGAGCGCACGCUGCCUCUAUACAACAACGCCCAGGACCCAUGUGGCAUGGUGCACCUGACUGUCGGCACCGGUGGGGCCGACCUUUACACAAGUUUCCUCUCCCCCAAGCCUGCGUGGUCGGCCUUCCGCCAGGCAGCGUAUGGGUUUGGGGUGCUGUCAGUGGGAGGGGGCGCCAGCAAGGGCGAGGCGGUGUGGAGGUGGAGGCGGAACAGCGAUGCAGCGGGGGUGGUGGCAGAUGAGGCCAGCAUCAUAUCGCAUGCCAGCAGCAAGGCUCCUGCACAGUGCCGGGCGUGA